AUGUUUUAACCUAACCAAAGCCAAAUCAAAUAUCACAACCCAUUUGGCACAACUUCUGCUAUCUACUUCUCCCAACAACAGACGUCCAGAGAUAAACAAAUGUAAUCUAGGGAUGUUUCAGAAAACAAACAAACUCCUUAAUAUCCAGCCUCUCAAAUAGUCUAUGGUCCCACAAUGAAAAUUGUUCCAUCUGCUCAAACCAACAUAGCCUUUCGCAAAAUAUCCAAAGAACUUAAUAUCACAAUCGAAGACCCCAGCAAUCAGCAAUAAUCUUUACGUUAACCCUCUCCUACAGUGAAGAAACAACGUGAAUAAAUGGAGAAGGAUUGGAAUAAGUUAAUUGACAAAUCAAAGACACUCCAAGAAAAUCUCGUGUUGCUCAAAAAUAGCAUUAGUAUGAAUCUGACAAAAAAGCUACCAGAUUAGCGUUUGUCUAAAGAUUCUACAUCAACUGCAGCUGGUCUUUCUUCCAGAUUGAAGUUGUAAAAGGUUAACAUUAAUUGCAAACUCAAUUCACCAUUCAAAGUUCAACCCAAAUAAGAACUCAGCAAGAGUCUCAGCCAAAACACGUUUACAAAUUUAAAAUAUGCAGCUAAUCCAAUUAAAAAUCCAGUCAUCAAUAAUACAAGCAUCAUGCCACUUACCAACAAUACAAGUGUCAGAAAAUCCUAAGAUUCAUGCACUCUUUAACCAAAAAUUACAUCUCAAUUUUCUUCUUAAAAACAAACUUCUAGUCUGUAUUCAUCUAUUGAAUAUAAACUAAACCUUAAAAUUAGUUCAUUUUUGGGAAGAGGCAAAUUCAGUGAUGUCCAUAUGGCUAUUGACUAGAGAUCUGGAUUAAUCUUUGCCCUCAAAAUCAUAAAAAAGUAAACAGUCAUCGAACACGCAAUGCAAGAGCAAUUGGUUAGGGAAAUUCUCAUCCAAUCGAAAUUAUCGCAUCCUAACAUUGUUAAAAUGUAUGGAUAGACUUAUGAUGAAUAACAUAUUUAUAUGAUGUUAGAAUUUUGCAAUAAUGGGGAGCUCUUCUAACAUCAAUACAAGCAGCCUAAUAAGAGAUUCAAUGAGAAGGAUUCUAGCACUUUCAUAAUGCAAAUAUUAUCAGCCAUUCAAUACAUGCAUAAACAAGGGUAUAUGCAUAGGGAUUUGAAGACUGAAAACAUCUUAUUGUCUCUCAAUUAUGUUAAACUUUGCGAUUUGGGAUGUGUAAGAGAAAUUCCAUCAAAGGAAGACAGGAGGAAUACUUUUUGUGGCACCGUCGAUUACAUUGCCCCUGAAGUAAUUAAGGAUUAAGGAUAUGAUGAAAGAUGUGAUGCCUGGCAAGUGGCUAUCCUCGCAUAUGAGUUGGUUGCUGGCAAUACUCCUUUCUCAGAAUAUCCAAGAGAUGACGAAUCAAUUAUGGAAAAUAUAUUAAAGAAUAAAUUUGAUUUGCCUUAAUCAUUCUCUCCUGCACUUAAAGAUUUUGUUAAACGAGGAUUGCAACAAAGACCUGAAAACAGGAUUACUAUUGAUUAAAUGUUAUAACACAAAUGGAUAGUGGAGUACAAUAAAGGAAAUGAUAAAGAAUAUAUAUUUUGAUAACUAUAUUUAUAUAACUUAGAAUA